AUGGAGAACGAACGCGGCGACCUCGUCGACCUCUACGUCCCCCGCAAAUGCAGCGCAACAAACCGCAUCAUCAAAGCCAAAGACCACGCCUCUGUUCAACUCUCCGUCGGCAAAGUGGAUGAGAAUGGGCGUUAUACUGGGGAGAACCAGGUUUACGCGCUGUGUGGGUUCGUGCGCGCCAUGGGGGAGUCGGAUGAUUGUGUGAAUCGGUUGACGCAGAGGGAUGGGUUUUUGAAGGGGGUUUGGAGUGGGAGUCGGUAG